AAUGGUUUCGGACGAGAACAAGAACAAACAACAAAACAAACCCGAUGCCAGAGAUAAAACAUUAAACAUUAUCCUUUCAGGAUAAUAUGUGGCUUCACGUUCUUCAGUGAAAUAGAUUUGAUUUAAAAAAUUGUCUGCUCUGGAGUGGAGUAAAAAAUAUGACCUUAUUUUUCAGUUGGCACCUACCAAGUCCAGGGCACUGAAUUGAUAAAGAAUACUUUGGAUUAUGCUUUGGCUGCAGGUUACAAACUUAUAGAUUCUGCAACAGCUUAUAAAAAUGAAGAAGAUAUUGGCAAAGCCUUGAAAGAGCUUCUACCAAAAUACAAUCUAACUAGAGAAGAUAUCUUCAUCACAUCUAAACUAGCUCCUAAUGAUCAAGGUGAAAAAGCAUAUGAAGCUCUAGAGAGAUCUCUUAGAAAAUUGGAUUGUGGAUAUUUAGAUUUAUAUCUCAUUCACUGGCCUGGAUCUUUCUCUGUGAACUCAUCAGAUGUGAGAAAUAAAAAACUGAGGGAUGAGAGUUGGCAACAGUUGACAAAAGGAGUUAAAAAUGGUUUGGUGAAGAGCAUUGGUGUAUCUAACUAUAACUCUAGGCAAUUGAGAGAAUUGCUUGAUAAUGAUCAUGGUAUAAAGCCUACUGUGAACCAGGUUGAGUGGCAUCCAAACUAUCACCAAAAAGAACUCCUUGACUUGUGCAAUAAAGAAAAUAUAUUGCUUCAAGCUUAUUCAUCUCUAGGAGGAACUGGGAAUACAAAUCUCAUCAACAAUCCUGCUGUUAAAAAAAUUGGAGACGAAUUGGGAAAAAGUCCAGCACAGAUUCUUUUGAGGUGGCCUCUUCAACACAAUGUUGCAAUAAUUCCUAAGGCCCGUUCCAAGAAACACAUUGAAGAAAACAUCAAUAUUGACUUUGUUAUUCCUGAAGCUGACAUGAAUAUUCUUGAUAAUUUCAACCAAACUAAGUAUGCCUGGAAUCCAGACGUAGUUGCUUGAAUCUAUGCAAACAUGUUUUAAACUCACAUUAUAACCUAGAUUUAAGUUUAAUGAAACUAAUAUUUUUAUAUAUAUCAAAUGGAGACUCAAGAUGAUUUUCAUGAACAUAUUGCAAAUUUGUGUAUUGGACAUUUCAAAACUCUGCCUAAAUCAGGAAAACCUAACCUAAAUGAGUGGACUGUUUUGUCCUGUAUUGUUAUAGAAAAAGACAAACAACUGGAACUAAUUUCAUUGGGCACUGGAUCCAAAUGUAUAGGAAAAGUGAAAAUGUCAAAGAGUGGGGAUAUUUUGAACGAUUCACAUGCAGAAGUCAUGUGUAGACGAUCAUUUCUAAGGUUUUUAUACUACCAAAUGAAAACGGAAUCCUCAAUAUUGACAUUCAAGAAAGAAACUAAAAAAUUUUCUAUAAAAGACAAUAUAAAAUUUCAUUUUUUCACCACCCAUAUUCCCUGUGGAGAUGCAGCUAUAUUCCCAAAACAGAACAUAGAAGAAUUUGGAGAUUUCGUUAACAGUCCAGACGAAGUUCCUUCUAAAAAAAGAAAAAUUGAAGAUAUAUUCAGAACAGGAGCAAAAUGCUUGGAGAACGACCCACAACGUGAUGCAAAAUGUCCAGGCACUGAAUAUCAUGUAUUAGGUGUAGUCAGAACAAAACCUGGUAGAGGAGACCCUACUCUUUCAGUCUCUUGCAGUGAUAAGAUGGCCAAAUGGUGUCACUUAGGCAUACAGGGUGCUUUGCUAUCAAUUCUUUUAGAGGAACCAAUAUAUCUUUCUACUCUUACUAUUGCUGGUGAGACACCAUUUUGUGAACAAUCACUGGAACGUGCUCUGUACAAGAGGCUGGGAAAUGUUCAGUUACAGAAGCCAUAUCAAGUAAAUAAAAUGGUUGCUAGACAAACUAUGAAAAAGUUCGAAUUUGCUAAAGAUUGUUCCAGAAAGCCUUGUUCUAGUAGUGUUUCGUGGUGUAACAUCAAUGAAAAAAGUCUAGAAGUUGCAGUUGAAGGAAGAAGACAAGGUGUUACUAAAAAGAAACUGGAUACAGAAGCAGGAAGAUUGAAAAUUUGUAAACUGGAACUGUUCAAGACAUUCAUGCAUAUUUGUGAAUCAAAAAAUAUUCAGCUGAAAAACGACUGUGAUAACUGGACAAUUUGUUAUGGUGAUGUGAAAAAUUUAGCAAAGUGUUAUCAAAAUUCCUGGAAACUUGUUAAGGAGUGCUUCAAAACGUGGCCUUGUAAAGACGAAAAUCUUCUUGAUUUCUCUAUUAAAUGCUGA